CAGGAACGAUCUUGGCUGCGCGGCCGAGGUAUGGAAUCGACGACCUAUAUUCGUGCUCCGCUUGCAUCGCAGGGCAUCUAGCAGGCAAAUAAUCUUCCCAAUGAUUCCGCCGCAGGGAGCGAGUAGAAGCACUCAAGUCCCAGUUGCCUCAACAACACGACAUUCCUCCUUUUCAGACGUAACACCUUUCCUUCUUUGAUGUGUGUCCACGGCGUACCCGACAAGUCAUCGACCUUCUUAGUAGAAUCGCACAAAUCUAGGAUGCUAUCUCCGCCCAUGUCGGGCGCCCUUUGGGAAUCAGCAACCUUCGCUUCUUCUCUUGACGGGGCCUUUGCCUUUCGCGAUCGUCCGACCCAUGACUUCGUCAAGCACAGCAUCUUUCGGCACCAGCCAUCGGUUGCCGACAAUGGUGCUGCCAAAGCCUCAGACGUUGCACGACAUCUGGGCAGAUACCCUCCCGCCCGCAAAAUCCAAAGGGGAUCGACUCCCGGCAAGAGAAGAGCUAUCGAACGAUCCGAAAUGGACGUCGUCUUCACGGACGCGGGCCUGCCUCCCAAGCAAAGUCCACGCAAGACGGUGUCAAAUAAGCACUAUACGAGCAAACCUCGCGAGGAGACAUCUUUGUCGCCUUCUUGCUCAAUCCCCAUCGCUGCUAGCCCGACCUUCUCGUUCGAUGAAGAGCUAGGCGGUCUCGAUGAUGAUCCCGGAUUGAGACCAGACGCUGAAAUGUCAGCGCCUCGAAGUGUCACAAGAACGAGGAAGGGGCUGCGCGCCCGCCACACGAGCACUCCGACAAGGCCGCAGCAGUCGGCCGCUGCACCAGAUUAUGGUUCCGUUCCAUCUAUAGCGGCUGUCGCCGACUUCUAUAGCAUCACAUUGAGCCCGCCCUUCGACCCGCGGUUUCAUCAGCGUCCAGAUUGCACUUCACUUGCUCCACUGCCGCCCGAUCCUGCGUCGCCACAAGAUGUCACCGAUGGACAUCAUCGGCGCCGGAGUUCUGUUCAUGUUCCUGACGCUGUCGCGGACAACACGGCUCCUAGCCUCCCCAGCGUGGCGGCGAAAGCGUCCGACCCUUUACACGAUGCAACGACGUCUUCGACAAAAUCUUCGACACAAUCCGCCAUUAUACAGGCCGACGAUCUCAUGAAGCAGCUGCGCUGUCGUUCCUCCGACGGCUCAAAUGAAGAGAUCGCAGCGUGUGACAAUUGUCGUCGACGCAAGACUCGCUGCGAUCGCAUGAAGCCGUGCUGCGACAAAUGUCUCGCUCGUGAAGAAGAAUGUACUACAGACGAUAUCCUGAGAAAGCGAGGGCCACCCAGUAAGAAGCAAAGAGCUCUUCUCGCCGCCGCAGGACUACCUUUCAUUCACAGUCGUGUUAGCAGGAAAGCUGGGCACAAAGGGCUCGCGGGCGAGCCGACUUCAGGCUUGUGGCCAGCAUCGCCCCCGCAAUCUCCGCCAGGCGUACCGUCGACUUCUUCAUAUCAGGUCUCGCGACCGCAAUCAACGACGAGAGCUAUGGCAUCGCUCACAAGAGGCGGGCGGGCCCUCCCCAAUGGCACCAGGCGGACCCAUCGAAAAAAAGCCGAUGUUAGCUUCGGCCGCGAGGCAGGGCAGUGAAGUCAUCGACGAUGACUGAGACCAAUCCGAUUCGCCUCGGAUUUGCGGGCAGCCGCUGGUGAAGCAUCGCGCCAGGGGGUGUUGCAGCUCAUUUUGAUUCUUUGCCCACAAGCGAACGUCAGUAUGCGAGCCUCAGCUGUAGCCGAGAAGCCGCGAGGUUAAGGCCACUUAGCCAAGCGACGCUUGUAGACGCCCAAGAC